AAUGUCAACGUGUUAGCCAGCUGGAUUUGUUUUGAUUUGAAGAGUUUAGCGUUUUUAACUUUAAUUUUAUGAAUUAAGACAUAAAAGAAUGGAAGUCAGAAAAGCUGAUCGAAAGCAGAAAAAGUUUGCAACCCGUUUAAAAUGUUCCAAAGGAAUUGUUUGCACCAGCAGUCCUACUAAGUUCAUAGUGCUAUGUAAUGUUGGGCAAGCCACAGGGUUAUGCAAAGAGGCUAUACAUUUGUUAUUGGGGGAAGUUCCUCACAAUGAUACUUUGCCAAAAUACAUUGCAGAGAAAGGAGAGUCACAUUCUUAUCUCAUAUUCAGCAGCAUUCAGAGCUCUGAAAAGUUCUAUAAUAUAAAUAAUGGGAAGUGGAAACCUGACGUUAAAGGACCACCAGUAUACAUGAGUUAUGUAGAAAAUGUUCCAAAUACUGAAAUAGUUUGUCAAUAUAAAGAUCCACAAGGGCUGCAUAUAUUCAGCAACUUCAUUAGCAAUGAUGAAGAAAGCCUUUUUUUACAACUAUUUGAUUCUGAAGAUGACAUCAACUCUAGUAACCUGAAAAACAGAUAUGUGAAACAUUAUGGUUAUGAGUUCAGGUAUGGUAGCAAUGAUGUGGAUUUAAGUUCACCAUUGGAAGAGAAAAUACCCAAGGAAUGUGAUAAUUUGUGGGCAAGAUUAAGAGACUGUGGGAUAAAUCUUGAAAGGAAACCUGAUCAAAUGACAGUGAAUAAAUAUCUUCCAGGACAAGGUAUACCAACUCAUGUGGACAAGCACAGUCCAUUUGGGGAUAUAAUAUUGUCCUUGUCCCUUGGAAGUGAUGUGGUGAUGGACUGGAAGCACCACAGUGGCCGGCUUGUGCCCAUACUGGUCCCUGCUAGGAGCAUGCUUGUCAUGACCAGUGAAGCUAGGUAUGACUGGCAACAUGGUAUUCAGCCGCGGUCCUGGGAUCCAGUACUUGAACAGAGACAAGUUACAACAGAGAAUGGGGAAGAAAAACUUGUAAAAGUUAUAUCAAGUGAUACUAAGUCGAGGAAUGUUAGGAUUUCAUUGACAUUCAGGUGGACAAGGUCUGGUCCCUGUGAAUGUAAUUAUAAAACACUAUGUGACAGUGUUGAUAAAUCUACAGACAAUAUUGAAGACAGUUUGGCUUCCAAUCUUGAAGAGUUGCAUGUUCAUCAGGUUUACGAAAAAAUAGCAGGCCAUUUCAGUACAACGCGACACAAGCCGUGGCCUAAAGUUGUGGAGUUCAUGGCCUCAGUGCCUCCCGGGGCCGUGGUGCUGGACCUCGGCUGCGGCAACGGCAAGAAUAUACUCAACAGGAAUGAUAUACUACAAAUAGGUGGUGAAAGGAGCUGGGGUCUUCUAUCAGAGUGCAAGAGCCACGUGCAGCGCGUGCCGGCGGCGGACUGCGUGCGGCUCGACCUGCUCCACGCCAGCUUGAGGGACGAGUGUGCUGAUGCCGUCAUUUGUAUUGCUGUUAUACACCAUUUUAGUAGUAAGGUGCGACGCAUCGAGUCCAUAAGUACCAUAUCGCGGCUAUUGCGACCAGAAGGUAAAGCGUUAAUCACAGUGUGGGCCAAAGACCAGACAAAGUCGAACUACCUUUGCAAGAGUAAACAAGCAGACGAUGCAGUGAAGAAUGAUGAAAUUCACGCCACAGUCGGCGGCUUGAGCUUACCUGUUCACGAGAACCGAACACAAUUUCAACAUAACGACCUAUUGGUGCCGUGGAAACUAAGGAACAUCAAGGAAAAUAAAAUUGCUGGCCAACCGGAGAGCACCCUACUAAGGUAUUAUCACGUUUUUGAGGAAAACGAAUUAGUUAACUUGUGCAAUGAAAUACCAAAUUUACGGGUAGAAAAAUCGUUUUAUGAAGAAGGCAACUGGUGUGUCAUUUGUAAAAAAAUAUAAUUAUUCAACUUAA